AUGGCGCUACUCCUGUUCGGAAGCUCUGAGAGUUGCCAUCGAAGUCGAUCUCGACACGCGAUACCAAAGGAUGCUAGGGCUACACAGUCAGAAACGCCAAGAGCGGGGCCAUUCGCCGUCACUGCUGUUAUUCCGACCCGGCACCGAUCAGAUGUGAAUCCAACAGCGUCGAUCCAGAAUUGGUCCCGAGCCCUGGUUCCUGGGCGCAACUGA